GCUGUUGAGCUGGUGGUGGGCCGGGCGCUUGUCGGCAGGUGGUCGUUGGCAGGAUGGCGGUUGUGGCUGCAAUUCGGGGGUCCCAGGGAGGGCGGCGCUUCUGGUUCGAGAUCUCUAGGAAGGCAAAUUUCAAUUGGCAUUCCUCAUCUUUUAUUUCAUCCUCUUCAGUGCCAACAACCAAAUUGUUCAUUGAUGGCAAGUUUGUUGAGUCAAAAAGUAAUAAAUGGAUUGAUAUCUACAACCCCGCUACCAAUGAAGUUGUUGGCCGAGUCCCAAAAGCCACACAGAGUGAGAUGGAAGCAGCAGUGGCUUCAUGCAAAAAGUCUUUGCCAACCUGGUCUGAGAUAUCUAUUCUGAGUCGACAGCAAGUCUUCCUGCGGUACCAGCAGCUCAUCAAGGAUAAUCUGAAAGAAAUUUCAAAACUGAUCACCUUGGAGCAAGGGAAGACCUUGGCUGAUGCAGAAGGAGAUGUGUUCCGAGGCCUCCAGGUGGUUGAACAUGCAUGUAGUGUGACAUCUCUUAUGUUGGGUGAAACCCUUCCCUCCAUUACUAAAGACAUGGACACUUUCACCUAUCGCUUGCCUCUGGGAGUGUGUGCAGGCAUUGCACCUUUUAAUUUCCCAGCCAUGAUUCCUCUUUGGAUGUUCCCCAUGGCCAUGGUGUGUGGAAACACCUUCUUGAUGAAGCCUUCAGAGCGUGUUCCAGGAGCCCUUAUGUUUCUUGCCCAGCUGUUGCAGGAUGCUGGUGCACCCGAUGGAACACUAAACAUUAUCCAUGGACAACAUGAAGCUGUGGAUUUUAUUUGCGAUCAUCCUGAUAUUAAAGCGAUCAGCUUUGUUGGAUCUAAUCAGGCUGGAGAAUAUAUCUAUGAAAGAGGUUCAAAACAUGGCAAGAGAGUCCAGGCCAAUAUGGGAGCUAAGAAUCAUGGAGUGGUGAUGCCAGAUGCCAAUAAGGAGAACACACUAAAUCAACUGAUUGGAGCAGCUUUUGGAGCAGCUGGCCAGCGGUGCAUGGCAUUAUCUGCUGCGAUCUUGGUUGGGGAGGCUCGGGAAUGGCUACCAGAGCUGGUGGAAAGAGCAAAGAACUUGCGAGUUAAUGCAGGAGAUCAACCUGGAGCAGAUCUGGGGCCACUGAUCAGCCCCCAGGCUAAGGAACGGGUCUGCCAAUUGAUAGACAGUGGAGCAAAGGAAGGGGCUAGUGUUCUUCUUGACGGGCGAAAAAUCAGAGUGAAAGGGUUUGAAAAUGGCAAUUUUGUUGGGCCUACUAUCCUUGGUAAAGUCAAGCCUAAUAUGACCUGCUAUAAAGAGGAAAUAUUUGGACCAGUUCUAGUGGUUCUGGAAGCAAACAGUCUGGAUGAAGCAAUUGAAAUGGUGAAUAACAAUCCCUAUGGGAAUGGAACAGCAAUCUUCACCACUAAUGGUGCCACUGCUCGGAAAUACUCCCAUUUAGUGGAUGUUGGACAGAUUGGUGUGAAUGUUCCUAUUCCGGUGCCUUUGCCAAUGUUCUCCUUCACUGGCUCUCGUGGAUCUUUCAGGGGGGACACCAAUUUCUAUGGCAAACAGGGGGUGCAGUUCUAUACUCAGCUGAAGACAGUUAUUUCUCAGUGGAAAGAGGAAGAUGCCACUGUUGCCAAGCCUGCAGUAGUUAUGCCAACCAUGGGGAAGUAAAGCCAACUGUCACACUUGCUGGAGUUGUUAAAAGUAUUUUUCACCUAGAAUGGUGCAGGCUACUCUUGAGCUUUCUUGGGUUGCCAUUCUUGCCUUGGAAAUAUAGACACCUCUUCAUUUCAGGAUCAUUUCCAAUCAGUUGAAUAGGGCCGUUUAACACAACAUUUAGUUUCUAUCUAUGUAUGGAAUAGCUUUUUGUUUUUUAUUUUAUUUUGAAAAAAGCAUUGUUCUAUGGUGAAUAAUCAGGUCAAAGCAGUAUCCACUUCUUUUGUUCCCAUUCAUGAGAUAGUGUUGAGAAUUCAAGCUCUUCCAACAGAAUGAGUUUUUUGAGAACCAGUUACUGUAAUAAUUGCUAUCACUCCGGUCAUGGGUGGUAUCUCCUAUUGCAUUAAGAUUUUUUUUUUGCAAGAAAUUGUGCAUAUGCUGGAAUAGGAUGGGGCAGUAAAUUUUGGGAGAGGCAAAUCCUGGUGAAGUAUCCUUUAAGAAUUUCGUAGAGCUGUUCUGAGAACAUGGCCUUGUGGAGAAGCAGUGAAGCCUUACCUUUGCUGGAAUCUUAGCUCCCUUUAGCCAUACAAAAUCAACAGAUUUUAAUUUUAUACAUGAAUGUGCCUACAUAUUAUUUAUGCACUGAAUAUAUUUGGAACUAGAAUGUGUUUUGUUUCAUUUUUAGUAGUGCUGGACAAACAGCACAAGAAAGCAACGUACUUUUAUAGAGGCAAUAUAUUCUAUCAAUAUUCCUUUAAUUUGAUUGGGAUAUUAUUUCUCAUUAGUUAAGUAUAUGCGCAGAAGGGUAGAUUCUAGCACCAGUUACAAAGACAUUUGUGAUUUUGUAUUCGUGAGGAUACAUAUUAUUAUUGACCUUGAGAUCUCUGGAUUCCUUAUAGCUAACCAGUAUAGUACGUACUGGCUAGCUAUGGCUGAUGCACUUACGCCAUAUUUAGGGAUAAAGGAUACAGUAAUACUAUUUUGGGGCUACACAUGGUCUUCACAUGGAUUUUUAAAAAAUCACAAGAUAUUCUCUUAAAUUUGGAAAUUAUGCUAUUGUUUUCUAUUGUCUUAUCAUACUAGCUUUUGUACCUAACAGGGGCUUAAGCUGAUCACUGUUAACCUGAACAGGUUAUUCAUCUGUAUGCUUGAAAAUUGCAUAUUGAUGUUAAUCAUGAAUAAAUGCUACUAAAUUCAGAAA